AGGCAGACGCUUAACGACUGAGCCACCCAGGCACCCCAACCACCUAAUUUUUUAAUAUUCCCCAGUUGAGUCUUGCCCUUCAGUCGUUUGUGUUUUUCUUAAACUUUGUUUUGAAAUACCUGUAGAUUCGCAGGGAACUGCAAAGCAGAGCUCAGGGGAGUUUCACGCACCCUUCUCCCCGUGUGAAUGUCUGAAACAAUUCCAGUCCAGUACCAAAACCAGUACAAGGACAUUGCUAUGGUCCAUAAAGCAUAUUCAGAUCUCACCUGCCAGACACACACUCCUAUUUGUACGAGUAUGUGUGUCCGGGUGGGGGCGGGGCUCCCUGUAGGUUUACCACACGUCUAGCCUCGUGUAUCCACCACUACAGCCAAGAUCCAGAACACCCCAGCCUCACUAGACUCCAUCAUGUCACCCCUCUGUGGCCGUGCCCGCGCCCUCGGCCCCAUCCCACGUGCCUGGCAGCCACCCAUUUGGCAUCCGUCUCCACGCUUGUGUCGUUCAUGAGUAUUACACAACAGAAGUCACGCUCUCUGUGUCCUUGUGAGGUGGGCUUCUUUUCAUUCAGCAUCAUUUCCUCCAAGUGUAUUCACUUGAGUAGUUUUUUAGAAAUUUGUACUGCCUUCCGUAUGAAACUCGUUCGUUCCCCACCCACAUUUGGACUGUCUCCCCUCCUGGAACGUACCACUGCCUACCAGCACUCUACUGGUCUGCGUUCAUCUCCUUCUGCGGACGGUCUCCCUGCCCUGUGCCUAGAGCCUGUCUGUUAGGUACUCCUCACACCAUCUCGUUCUCCACUUGCAGGUAGAAGGCAGAGAUCAUGUCCAACUUACCUUUCUAUCCCCAGCAUCUAGUACAGUGCCUGAAAUGCAGGAGGUACUCAGUAAAUUCUUUUUUGAAUGAAUGAAUGGUGGAAGCUGCUCUGUUUGGUUCUUAUAUUGUGUCUUGAAUAUGUGAUCUUCCCAAUGAGACUCUAAACUAGCCUGUCAGCCCCUCGAAAGUGGCCACGACAUCCCGUUUACUCGCGCGCACUGGGUCCCAGUUAGGGCUGCGUUAGGUGUGUGUAUGUGGUUCGGUGAGUAUGUGCCUUUGUGUGUGUGGGGAGGAAGUGAGGGCGUAAGUGUUGAUGGGGCCGGUUUCCCAGCUGCCCAGCCUGACUCCCCACAGUCAGCAGGACGGACCUGGAGAUGUCGGGGCUGAAGACGCUCGAGCAUGUGGCAGUGACCGUCUCCAUCACUCAUCCACGACGCGGCAGCUUGGAACUGAAACUGUUUUGCCCCAGUGGCAUGAUGUCCCUUAUCGGCGCCCCCCGCAGCAUGGACUCAGAUCCCAAUGGCUUCAAUGAUUGGACCUUCUCCACUGUGCGGUGCUGGGGGGAAAGAGCAAAGGGGACUUACAGACUCGUGAUCAGGGAUGUAGGAGACGAGCUGCUCAGGGCUGGCACCCUCCGGCAGUGGCAGCUGACCCUCUACGGCUCUGUGUGGAGUCCAGUGGACAUCAGGGACAGGCAAAGACUGUUAGAAAGUGCCAUGAGUGGAAAAUACCUGCAUGAUGGCUUCACUCUGCCCUGCCCUCCCGGGCUGAAAAUCCCCGAGGAGGACGGUUACACCAUCACCCCUAACACCCUCAAGACUCUGGUGCUGGUGGGCAGUUUUGCCAUCUUCUGGACCCUUUACUACAUGCUGGAAAUAUACCUGAGCCAGAGGAAUGUGGCCUCUCACCGAGUUUGUAGGAAUGGACCCUGCCACUGGCCCCAACGAAGCCAAAAAGCCAGAGAGGAGGGGACAGAACUAGAAUCAGUGCCACUUUACAACAGCAAGGAUCCAGAUGCAGUGGAGACAGAAAGUGAGGGCCCUCCCACCACCUCUGAUCUCCUUGCCCCAGACCUGCUGGAUCGAGGGGACUGGGGCCUGUCCCAGGACAGGAGUACCCUGAACUGCCCUCAUCAUCACCUAGCCCCAGACCUGUUGCAGGGGAAAGAGGAGCAGAUUUGCUGAUGCAAGGCUCAACAGGCUCGACAUGGGACAGGUUCUUCCUUCCCAAAGCUGGGGAAGCCUGGAAGGCUGCUCCGAAGUCCCGGGAGCUCUGGGGAGAAGGCAGCCCUGAUGCUAACAUCAAGAAUCCACAGGCCGAAAGAGCACCCUCUGACUACACUCAGGGAGGGCGAGGGCCUUCUUAAGGUGCAGUGACAGAGGAAUCGUGCCGGAGAAUAGUGUGGCCACGCCAUUGGAUCUUCCUCCGACUGAACAGGAGCUUCUGGUGACAAGGUCUUGGACAAGGGCUUGGCCCCCCCUAGUUGGGCAGGCCUGCCUCCUCAUUUCUCCUGGGCAAGCUGGUGAUGUGGGUCAUAGGGACCCUCACCCAUGCAUGGGUGGGACAGGGCCUGCUAUGGCCAGAAGAGCCUCUCCACAGAAACGUCACUGGGGUCCCUCAGGAAGAGGGCUUGGGGUGAAGGCUGAGAAGAGCCCGUGGAUAUAUGCCUGUCCUUCUAAUGACCCAGGACCUAGAAACUGCAGUCUUUUCCUCUCUCUCCCCCCCUUUCUGCCUCCGCCUGGAACCUCAGACCUACUGGUAUGGCAGUUAGCCCUCAGCCCAGCACACCCGCCCUGAAAGCAGCUGCCUCCCUGAGCCCUGAUCAGAAGCCAACCUUGAACACACCCCUGACUCCUUCACCAUCGCCCCCCACCCUCCAUCCUGAAGGAUCGGUACAAUGCUCCUGGCAAAGCCGCGGAUGGGCGCAGCUCCCCAGGGCCUGCGCGGCUUCACUAGGUGGGUCUGCAGCAGGACUAUGACAGGGGUCGGCCACUGCCACUCCAGCCCUGCGACCACCCUGUCUUCCUCUGCAAAGCGCUCAGGGAAAUGGCCUUACCCCCCGGAGGCCAGCCGUCUGCCUGACCGGCUGGGACUCCUCCUGGCCUGGGCCUCCUCCCCUCUUCUGAGCUAGUUGGUUGAUCUAAAAAAUUUUUUUUUUACGCUUAAGAUUUGGGUUUCUCUUUUCACAGCAACAUUUGGUUGAAUGUUUUUCUGCACAGCUUUUCCAAAAUAAAAACCUUCCACGCAA